AGCAAAAAAAGGAAAGAAAAAGAAAAGGAUCAGAAGAGGAAAACGGGGGUAAAGGCUUAAAAAAAAAAAAUAAAACUCUUGGCAAAAUAGAGCUGCAUUGCUCAGCACUGGCAACUCAGCUCGGCACCAUCGGUCUCUUCCUGGGAAUCAGGUCCCCGUUCAGGGAUUAAGAAACAAAAACUGCAUUUAAAAAAAAAAGAAGAAAGAAGCAAAAACUGCGGGCCUAGUCUGCUCGGCCUGAUGGGCCCGGGAACGCGAAGGUCGCUAGCUCCACUGACCGACUCCAUGGCGGGCCGAGCGCGCGCCACCAGCACGGAGCCGGCGGAGGGGCCCGGAAACCGAGCGGCCGGCCCGCCGCAGACCCAGACGGGGGCCGGGCUCUAGCUGGGGGCCCACCCGGCCCCCGCAAACCCCUCGGAAAAGGGGGGGCCGCUCCUCGGACUCGGGCGCCUCGGGUCGCGCCUCCCUCCGCGCACGGGCCGCGUUCCUUCCGCCCGGAGAGGGCAAAGAGUCCGCGGCUCCGCGCGCGCCGCCCCGGCUCCAGGGCGCCCCCUAGACAGGCAGGCGGCCGCGCCGCGGCGGCAGCUUCACCCGGGCCCCGUGGAGGGGCCGCGAUCGCCGGCGAGCUGGGCUUCCCCGGCCUCCCCGCGACCCCUCCCCGCGGCCGGCACCUCCCUGCGGGGCGGAGUGAUACUGGCGGCGGGGUAGCGCGCGGCGCGGCCGAGCGGGGAGCCCGGGGUGCGCGGGGAGGGCGGAGGGAGGAGGAGGGAGGCGGGGCCGGGGCGGGUGGUGGUGAGGCGACUGCGCUACUGCCGGACCGGGGCGGUUAUGGCGGCUCCAUAUUAACACCCUCCUCCUCCUCCUCCUCCUCCUUUCCCUCCCGCCCGCACUCCUGAGCGAUCCCCCCUGCACCCCGACGCCUCCCUCUCCCCCGCACCUCGCCCCCUCCCCGCAUCUACCAUGCCCGGCAUGAUGGAGAAAGGGCCCGAGUUGCUGGGGAAGAACCGGUCGGUCAACGGCAGCGCCAAGAGCCCGGCGGGCGGCGGCGGCGGCGGCGCCUCGUCCACCAACGGCGGGCUGCACUUCUCGGAGCCCGAGAGCGGCUGCAGCAGCGACGACGAGCACGGUGAUGUUGGGAUGAGAGUCGGAGCUGAAUACCAAGCCCGGAUCCCUGAAUUUGAUCCAGGUGCUACAAAGUACACAGAUAAAGACAAUGGAGGAAUGCUUGUGUGGUCUCCAUAUCACAGUAUUCCAGAUGCCAAAUUGGAUGAAUAUAUUGCCAUUGCAAAGGAGAAACAUGGCUACAAUGUGGAACAGGCACUUGGCAUGUUGUUCUGGCAUAAACAUAACAUUGAGAAGUCCCUUGCUGAUCUCCCUAAUUUUACUCCCUUUCCGGAUGAGUGGACAGUGGAAGAUAAAGUCCUAUUUGAACAAGCCUUUAGUUUUCAUGGGAAGAGCUUUCACAGGAUUCAACAAAUGCUUCCAGAUAAGACCAUUGCUAGUCUUGUAAAAUAUUACUAUUCCUGGAAAAAAACUCGAUCUAGGACAAGCUUGAUGGAUCGCCAGGCUCGGAAGCUAGCUAAUAGACAUAAUCAGGGUGACAGUGAUGAUGAUGUGGAAGAAACACAUCCAAUGGAUGGAAACGAUAGUGAUUAUGAUCCCAAAAAAGAAGCCAAAAAAGAGGGUAAUACCGAGCAACCUGUCCAAACUAGCAAGAUUGGACUUGGAAGGAGAGAGUAUCAGAGUUUACAACACCGCCAUCAUUCUCAGCGUUCUAAGUGCCGUCCACCUAAGGGCAUGUAUUUAACCCAGGAAGAUGUGGUAGCUGUUUCCUGUAGUCCCAAUGCAGCCAACACUAUCCUCAGGCAACUGGACAUGGAGUUGAUUUCUUUAAAACGCCAGGUUCAGAAUGCUAAGCAAGUAAACAGUGCACUUAAACAGAAAAUGGAAGGAGGAAUUGAAGAAUUCAAACCUCCUGAGUCAAAUCAGAAAAUUAACGCCCGUUGGACCACAGAGGAGCAGCUUCUAGCAGUGCAAGGUGUCCGCAAAUAUGGUAAAGAUUUUCAAGCUAUUGCAGAUGUAAUUGGCAACAAGACUGUUGGCCAAGUGAAGAACUUCUUUGUAAACUACAGGCGUCGGUUUAACUUAGAGGAGGUAUUGCAGGAGUGGGAAGCAGAACAAGGAACCCAGGCUUCUAAUGGUGAUGCUUCUACUUUAGGGGAGGAGACAAAAAGUGCUUCUAAUGUGCCAUCAGGGAAGAGCACUGAUGAAGAAGAGGAGGCACAGACCCCACAGGCUCCUCGGACUCUGGGUCCAUCACCUCCUGCCCCACCAUCCACUCCAACACCAACAGCCCCCAUUGCCACUCUGAACCAGCCUCCACCACUUCUUCGUCCAACACUGCCUGCUGCCCCUGCUCUUCACCGGCAGCCUCCUCCGCUCCAGCAGCAGGCUCGGUUCAUCCAGCCUCGGCCAACUCUAAAUCAGCCUCCACCACCUCUCAUUCGCCCUGCUAACUCUAUGCCACCCCGUCUAAACCCAAGACCAGUGUUGUCCACAGUUGGUGGUCAGCAGCCACCAUCACUUAUUGGAAUUCAGACAGACUCACAGUCCUCACUGCACUAAAAUUAAGUUGGACAGAGCUGCAGUAACUUUUCCCACACCAUAUACCAAUGCUCAUCUGACCAGCAAGAACGAGGAAAGACUAAUCCUUCCUAGAUACUGAGGCUGGAACUGAGGCAGUGGGCUAGCGUAGUGGAUGUCUAAGAAAUUUUUUAGUUCAUACAACUGAGAUGUUGUAUAAGAAAAAGCCUACAGUUAGGCUCCUUUCUAGAGUAUAUGUUCAGCAACAUGCUCUCAUAAAAGGAAAAAAAAAGAUUAAGUAUUCUAUAUACCAAGGGGUUUUUGUUUUUACUGUAUUUAUUUUAUUGAGAUUUCUUUAUAUUCCUGCCUCUUCAUAGUCAAGGCUCUUAGUACAAGAAUAUUGACUUAGGAAUUGUGAAAACUCCUUAAGUUACUCAAGAUAAGGAUGUUUGACUUUUUUUUCCUUUAAUUUAAUUUUAACAUUUUCCUAUGUUAGGAGUGUAAGAAUAAGUAGCCUGCAUUUCAUAUUUUGGCAUAUGUUCAUUUAAUGCAUAUUUAAGAAAUUAUAGCCGCAUAUCCCUUUUUUAAAAAAAAAAAUCUUGCUUUCUUUUCUAAAGGAAUAUUAAUAUGUUCCUUUCAAAGAAAGCAAUUUAAUCAAUUGCAAAGCAAUUAUAUGAAACCAGAAAGAAUGUACUGAACCUACUAACCAUUUAAAAUGAGCUUAGGGUCCUAGUGCAAAGUCCUUGCUUAAAGGUCAUUGACCUGUCAUCUAUCAGUAAGAAGAGGAUCAGAGUAAUAAUACAUAGGAAUGAGGAAUUAAUUUGUUAAAGGACAAUGUCUUUAAGUUCCUUGAAAAUGAAGUUAAUUUUGAUUUUUUUUAAUGUUUCUAAACGCUGUCUGCUUUUAACUAGUAGUUGCCUACAUCUAGGGAUGUUAGAAGCGAAUUAUAUUUUGUCAGUUAUGUGGAGAUAAUGGUAAUGGAAGCAUUUAUUACAAUACCCUUUUUGUGUUUAGGUUCUGAACUUAAAACUGCCCUCAUACUUAAUAUGGUCUGCAUUUAAUAUAAAUGAUGGUUUCUUGAUAAAUCUCUAUUGUACUAUUUGGAUACAUUUGUGUAUUUUCUUGUAGCCAACGUGUAUGACUGGGUUUGGUUUAGGAUUAAAUCAUCAACAUUAUUUUAUAAAAUAAAUUUAAGGAUUUGUUUUGUGUUAUCUAAAGAUAUAUCCGUAUAUUGUCACAAUUGUGCUGUUAACUUAAAAUGCUGAGACCCCUUUUUAUAAAGAAACAAAAAAACAUUUCAGGUCUUCUUAAUUCAACACAUAAUCGUUAAGCACUUACAAAGAAUAUUUUAAAAGUGAUAGUAUUUCAACAAUGUGUUACUAAUAUUUUUGAUAUGAUGAUUUCAUAUUGGAAUCAUGACUUGUGCAAAGGGACAGAUUGCUCAGAUUGCUAUACUAGUGGAACAUAAGGCUAAAUGGUUGCACAUUCACAUUCUCAUCAUAUUUAGAACUACUUCACAAAAUGGUCAACAUCGAGGGCCUAAUUUAUUAUUUGAGGGGUCGUAUAUUCCCAAAUUAUUGGGAAGAUAGUCCCUAUCAUUGGCUCUAAAGCAGUGGUUCUCAACCUUCUGGCCCUUUAAAUACAGUUCCUCAUGUUGUGACCCAACCGUAAAAUUAUUUUCGUUGCUACUUCAUAACUGUAAUGUUGCUACUGUUAUGAAUCGUAAUGUAAAUAUCUGAUAUGCAGGAUGGUCAGAGGAAGAUAAAUAUCACAUGAUCUCACUCAUUUAUGGAAUAUAAUGAACAGCAUAAACUGAUCACUCUUAUCACCCCUGUGAAAGAGUCGUUCAAUCGCCAAAGAGGUCGCGACCCACAGGUUGAGAACCGCUGCUCUAAAGUCUUAAAGAGCUCUAGAUUCAAGUCCAUUAAUUAGUUUUAAUUUUGACAUUUAGACCACUUCUUUCCAUUAAGGACCUUAAGUUCUGGCAUAAUCAAAAACUUUUUCCAGGAUGUGUCUGUCAUUCUCAUUGGAUCAACUUAAAUAGUUCUUCCCCUGGACUGUAACCAGAUAAAAUCUAAUUUAAAAUAUUUAAUAUUCAAGAAUUUAUACUUAUUUUUACUUUAAGAGCCAUGGGGACAAAAGAUAUCUAAAGCCUAAAGUAUUUAGAUUGUCUUGCAUAUGUGCAUACUAUACAGCUUUUAUCGUCUUGUCUUGUCAGUAGGCCUUCAGUAUGCAAUAUGUGGCAUAUGUCAGUCAAGUUGGUCAGCCCCAGCAUCUGUCCAGCUGUUAAGUAUAUUGUGAUUCAUUUAAAAUCUGUUCUAUCCCAGCCACAGGCCAAAGUGCUGUAUCUGAGGGAUGUGCUGUGAUUUGAUUUAUGUACACUAGAGCACACAGUGGAAAAAUCUUAGCUUCAUUAGUAAUAUGACACAUGUACAUAGUGAGAUGUCUUUAUUGUGUGCUUUGCAUAUUUUGUAAAUAUUUUGCACGGCAUUCUUUUUCUUUUUUGUUUAAGCAGUGUUUGGCCUGGAAGAGUGAUAUGCUUGCUGCUUAAUCAAAGGAUUAAAGAGUUAAAGAUG